GUUUUAUCUUCAAGAAUAAUUCAGAUAAUGGAUUACUUGAGUAUCAUAAACAUUUAGGGUUUAACAGAUUUGUUACAUAUAGACGUUGUAUCAUGGAUUUAAAAGACCAUAGCCAGCGGGCAGCGGCGGGCGGAGCGACCGAGGGGCGGCGCGGGCUGGGCGGCUGGUGCGGGGGUCCGUGCUUCUUCGCGGUGGAGGGCUGGGGUUCGCCGGAGACGCCGGGUUGCUCCGCGUUGCCAGGUUACCGAGCGCGUGCCCCGCGCCCGCUCUUCCGCCCGGGCCGCCCUCGGCGCCGCCUGAGCCGCGGUGCGGGCUGCGCGGGGCGCCGCUUCCGCGGAAGCCUGGGUCGGGCGCUGCGUGCGGGACUCUCGUCGCUCGUGGACGGGGCGCGAGCGCGCGGGGGACGUAGGACGCCGACCUGGGCCUCCCCGGCGCUCCGGCUCCGCUCAGGGCGCCCGCUCAGGGGCCUCCGGCGCGAGGCCCCCUAUGUGGUCAAGAUGGCGGCGCCCAGGCGGGCCGCGCCGAGGUGAGCUGGAGCCGGGCCCGGAGAGGGGCGAGUCUGCCACGCCCAGGACUUGGACCCCGGGCUGGUCUCCCGUCUCCCGGGGAGCGGCGGGUUAAUUAUCUGAGAAGAGUAUUGUGCCAGCACACUUGAUACUACAGUAUUUCAUGUUUGACAGGACUGUUUAUCAAGCAUCUUCCUGUUCUCUAUGCUUGGACGUAUCAAUGAAUAAAUUAGACAAGAGCCUUUGCCUGCGUGCUCCUUCUUGCAUGCUUUCUCCCUCCUUACACUCUCGUGUGGAAACGGAUGUUAUAAAUAAAUUCUAUGCUUUGUCACAAGUUGAUGGGUGCUACGGGAUAAGGAAAAGGAUGUGAAGCUCCCUGAAGAGGCUUGGGUUGGGAGUGCUGGAGGAGUGUACAGGUGGGGAAAAUGUACCAGCGUGUAUGCCUACUGGGACCACGUUUUCCAGAACAGUUAAGCCCAGUGUCAACUAUGCUGUCCCACCUUCCUCGGGUGUCCAGAGAAGGUAACUACUUUGCCCACGUCCUAAACUGGCUGCAGGUUCGUAGUUCCUGCUGUUUUUGGUGUCUGCCCCCAUGGCUAAGCUCCUGGCGCUCAGCUUUGGAUUUGGCCCCACCUCUGCGUGUAGGUCACCUGAGGGUGUGUUUUCUUCACCCAGGCAAUACAGGGUUAAAGGAGCAGCUGCUUCGGGGGCUCUGGCUCACUCAGGCCGGGGGGAGGGUGGGGUAUGGAGUGCGGGGCGAGCCUGCCGCAGCAGAGGCCAGCGUGAUGUUGCACCAGCCUGAGGCGUGCCGUGCGUUCUCCCGCGGAAGUUGUCCCUGGAAUUCGGGACCCUGGCAAUGGUGGGCUGCAAAGGCUCCCAGGAGGGGAAGUGUGGACAGUGGCUUGUGCUUUCACACAGGAUUCUUGGUGGCUGCAGCAGCAGCCUUAGCAUCUUAUGCCUGUCUCUGGGGUCCGCGCUGAUAGCCGCGGCUCGCACCUGUCUCUGGGGCUCGUUUCGGCAGUGCUUUAUUAAUCCCCGCUCCUUGCGCACCCCGAAACAGUGGUGUCUUACCUCUUAGGCAGAUCCAGACAUUUUCCUGGACUCCCUCCCAGCUAGCUGUGGCACACUAGCCCCCUUCAGGCUGUGUUCACGCAGCCAACCCCAGUCCUCUCCCUGGGACCUCACCUCUGAAGCCCGAGCCUCAGCUCCCAGCCCCCACCUGCCCUGGCAGGUGAGCAGAGAAACCUCUGAGGCUGGUGAGUGCUGGUCGGCACCGAUCUGUGCGGGAUGCUCUCUGCUUUGCCCUUCACACCCCUGUUGCUGUGCUCUCCUCCGUGUCUCCAAAGCUCCCCCCACCUCCCCCAAUGCUCCCUGUCUCUACCAGUGAAGGGGCUUCAUAGUGUGUGGAAACUUUUCCUCCUUCACAGCUCCCUCCCAGAGGUGCAGGUCCCAUCCGUAUUCUUUUGUCUCUGUUUUUUCUUUUGCCCUACCCAAGUACGUGGGGAGUUUCUUGCCUUUUGCGAAGUCUGAGGUCUUCUGCCAGCGUUCAGUAGGUGUUCUGUAGUUGUUCCGCUUGUAGAUGUAUUUCUGAUGUAUUUGUGGGGAGGAAGGUGAUCUCCACGUCUCACUCCUCUGCCAUCUUGAAGGUUCAUUCAUAUUUUAAAUACUCUUCAGAGCACAAUUUUUAAACUUUUAUUUCUCUAAACAUAAUUAUUUAAUAAUUAAGAGGUGUCAAAAUAUUACAGUUGGUUUUUCUUGUCAUUCUGUUUGUUUGUUUGAUCCCAUAUUGUAUCUUGGAGAUUUGGGGGCAACUUACAUUCUGUAGUAGUAUACAGUAUAUAUGCACAGUGUUUUAAAAAUCUGAUGUAUAAAUAUUGAGUUUUACUGUCACCUAGAUGGCAGAUAUGUAAAAAAUAAAUUCAUUAAAAUAUU